AUGGACUCGCGGAGUGUUCUGCUCUUUCUCGCAGUCACCGCCUUCACGGUGGAAGAUGAACCUCACUCCUCGCUCGGCUCAACAUGGACUCGCGGAGUGUUCUGCUCUUUCUCGCAGUCACCGCCUUCACGGUGGAAGGUUUCUCUGUCUCCUGUAGUUUCUCUUCAAGGGCCAGACCAGCGCAGACUGUACAAUGACCUGAUGGUCGACUACAACCCGCUGGAGAGACCGGUCUCCAACGACUCUCAGACUCUCACGGUCAACCUCGGCCUCAGCCUCAUGCAGAUCAUGGAUGUGGAUGAAAGGAACCAGGUUUUGACAACCAACAUCUGGCUGCAGCUGUUCUGGGAUGAUAAUUACCUCCAGUGGAAUCCAUCAGACUACCCAGGUGUGACCAAUGUGAGAUUUCCUGACCAUCUUAUUUGGAAGCCAGACAUUCUGCUGUAUAACAGUGCUGAUGAACGAUUUGAUGCGACUUUCCACACCAACAUUCUGGUCAACUCCUCUGGCUCUUGUUACUACAUCCCUCCAGGGAUCUUCAAGAGCACCUGCCACAUCGAUGUGCGCUGGUUCCCGUUCGAUGUCCAGAGGUGUGAGCUGAAGUUCGGCUCCUGGACCUACGGGGGCUGGUCUCUGGACUUGAAGAUGUUGGAGGCUGACAUCACAGGCUACAUCGCCAACGGAGAGUGGGACCUUGUCGAGGUCAUAGGGCAGAAAAAUGACCGUUCCUACAAAUGCUGCGAGGAGCCGUACCCUGACGUGACCUACACCUUGGUGAUGAGGAGGCGGACCCUUUACUACGGCCUCAACCUGCUCAUCCCGUGUGUCCUGAUCUCCACUCUGGCGCUGCUUGUCUUCCUUCUGCCCGCCGACUCUGGAGAAAAGAUCUCACUGGGCAUUACAGUGCUGCUCUCCCUGACUGUCUUCAUGCUGCUGGUUGCAGAGAUUAUGCCCGCCACAUCGGACUCGGUGCCAUUAAUAGCUCAGUACUUUGCCACCACCAUGGUCAUUGUGGGUCUCUCAGUAAUUGCUACAGUUCUGGUCUUACAAUAUCACCACCAUGACCCCGACGGAGACAAGAUGCCAAAGUGGACCCGCGUGAUCCUGCUGAACUGGUGCGCCUGGUUCCUGCGCAUGAAGCGACCGGACGAGGAGCGCUUGCACUCGGCGUGUCACAACAAGGCCACGCGUAACAGCAUGACCAGCGUGGAGCACAGCGCCGGCGCCUCGAGCCCCCAACCCACCAACGGCAACAUGCUUAAUGUUGGCAUCCGGGGCCUGGAGAGCAUCCACUACUCCGCGGCCGCCGCCACGCCUGACUCCGGGGUCCUCUGUGCGCGGCUGGCCGGGCGAGCGGGCGAGGAUGAGAUGCUCCUCCCCGUGGGUCAGGGGUCAUCAGCGGGCAGCGUGGAACCAGAGCUGGCCAAGCUCCUGGAGGAGGUGCGCUACAUUGCCAGGCGCUUCCGUGACCAAGACGAGGACAAGUCGGUGAGCAACGAGUGGAAAUUUGCUGCGUCCGUUAUCGACAGGCUUUGUCUCAUGGCCUUCUCCCUCUUCACUAUCCUCUGCACCAUUGGGAUCCUCAUGUCAGCACCCAACUUUGUCGAGGCCAUUUCCAAAGACUUUUUCACCUAAGGACACAAAUAAAAGCCUUGAGCAAUGUCUCCUGUCACAGAGUAACUAUUUGUCAACUCAUGUGGCGGUGAUACAGUUACAGCUGUUAUACGGGACUUGUAUACCACCAGAUAUUUAACCACACAAAGUCAAAUUGAGGACUUCAGGCAAAUUGUAUGUAAGGCAUAAAUAGUUUAAUAUAUGCCUUGCAUAACAUGGUGAAAAGGACCAGUCUUUGACUUUUAUAUUACACAGCCUAAUGGCAUAUUAAAGGAAAACAUCAACAUUGUUUAAAUUGUGUAAUUUGCUAAUCUGCAGUGCAUGCAAUUGUGGUUUUGUCAUGUGAUGUUGAUUGUGUAUUAUUGUUUAUUACAACGCAAUGACAAUUAACAAUAUUCUCACUAAGACACUACUCCAUAUACAAAGUAUUACAGCUAUAGUAUCUUGUUAAUAAAUGUGUUUGUUUAUCCAUC